AUGCUAUCUUUCACUCGGGCUUUGAUAACCGGUCUACUGGCCGUUGGGGCCAUGGCGGUCCCUCCUGUUUACCCUGGCUUUAAUCGUCCCCCUGGCCUUCCAUUUGAUACAUAUGCGUUUCCAGACGAGCUGGUUGCCGCCUAUCGAGCCGCUGAUGCUGCAGAAGCCAAAAGCAACUCACUGGGUCGUAGAGACGAACGCCUUAUCGAUUUAUACUUGCACGUCAUCCAACACCCCACAAAGCAUGAGCACGACAUCAGUGACGAGAGACUGCAGGAACAGGUGCAAGUGCUGAAUGACGCCUUCAAGCCCCACCAAUUCCAGUUUACUCUAAAGAACACAACCCGAACAACCAACGAAGCCUGGUUUGCCCCUGGCCGGGCUGUAGAGGGGGAAAUGCGGUGGACCCUGCGACAGGGUGGAAAAGACGCCCUGAACCUGUUCUUCUUUCAACUCCUAAACUUGUCAAAGAAGGCGUCGCCCGUCGUUUCUAGCGGUGAGAACUGCGUCGAAUAUUCCAACGGUACCACCACUUGCACGCCGAUCACUGUCUCCGAUACAGGACCUCGCAUCACCACCCAGCGCUUGGGCGACUGUCUUUCUCCUGGUACAUGGCUAGAUAAUUCAUGGCAGCUACACUGGGACGGCUGCAACAUAGAUAUUAGUGCUCUCCCACACGGUUCAGAUCAUGAGUUUAACAUGGGGAAAACAGCUGUCCAUGAGGUCGGUCAUUGGCUCGGCCUUGGACACCCAUUUCCUGACGGACCUGGUUACAACCAGAAUCCGAAGAUUUGCGACCUCAGCGUGUCUGACUUGGUGGAUGAUAUUCCGGUCUGCUACCUCAACUGGGAUUUGCUGGGGUCCGACCUGUGCCCUCAAACGGAGAUUGACACCUGCCCCGACCACGAGGGCAAGGAUCCUAUUCACAAUUAUAUGCAUUAUACCAGCGACGCGUGUAGGAACGAGUUCACUCCUAAACAAGCUCAUCGCAUGGAAGAAAUAUACAGCUUAUACCGCUCCAAGAGCUCUUAA